AUGUCGGCUUCUGAUCCAUAUGAUGCGACUUUUCGCCGGCCUACGCCAACCGAGCCAAGGCAGGAGCGGGCGGCCUCAGUGCUGCUGGACUUGGUGUCCGUGUCUCCUCAUCCAUCGUCGGAACCUCCCGAUCGCCAGGUGCUUCCACCACCGCCACCUUCAUCGCAGUUCAGUGGUGGUGGCAUGACGGUCCCUUCUGUGGGAUCCGCCGCACACGAACUGAGGCGCUGCAAGCCCUGCGCCUUCUUCUGGAAAUGUGAUGGCUGCCAGAGCGGACAGGCAUGCCUGUUUUGCCAUUUGUGCCCGCCUGACGAAAAGAAGCGCCGGAAGAAGGAGCGCCGCUUCGUGGCUUCAAUGGGUACGACUCGGCAGUAUGAGGCGCAGGCAUCGCCAACCCGUCUGCAACGUUCGGUACGGAAGGUGCCCGAAGCAGCGCCGAUGAAAGUGCAGGUCGAUCGUGUGAACCAUGUCCCGUACCUGCCCGAAGAGCAGAUUUUGCUGCCCGAGGAACCGCAUCAGCUGCAUGACGAGGUUCCCACCCAAUACUCGGAGUACCAAGACUACGACUACGACUGUUUGCCAGGCAUCGUCGCGCCGGAGCUACGUGAUGUGGAAGCGCAGAUCAUUCAAAGAGCCCUGAUGGAGCAGGAGGUGGCAGAGGUGGAAGCCGAAUGGGGCUAUCGUCCACCACCUUCCAAUGGUCGUGUGCGCCUGGAAUUGGACAAGGUACUUCCCACCUACAGCUAUUCGGGAGUGUACUCCGACGACGAUGACGACCUCGAUCUGAACGCCUUGACUGCCUCGCCCAGCGCUGGCCCCUUUGAAGAUGAAGACCAAGAUACUGACCUGGGGGCAGAGCUUCCAACGCUUCUGGCACCGAGCGACACUCUGCCGAGUGAUGGAGUGGGAAGUGACGAAGACAAAAACAACCAAGACAGUUUCUUCUCCUUCGUAGAAGCAGGGCCGGAUUCCACUGGCCUCACGCUUGAAAGGGAGUGGGUUGUGGAUGCAGGCCGCAUACCAUGGGGCCUGCUCGCUGAUGCCUGUGCUGCCAUCAUCGUGAGCCUCGUGACCUUCGUCCCUGCUAGCUUUAGGAAUGCCUGGGAUGAAGCUGAGCUCUUCCAGGAGGCCUCGAGCUUUGACCAUUUCUUGGCGCCCUUGAUCGCCAGCUUCCUCCUUUGCUCCUCGCAAGGUGGGGGCAAGGGUGCUGUUCAGACAGUGCUCAAGCAUCAGUCUAUGGCGAGCCUGGGCCACUACAGUCUGUACGUCUAUCUCUUCCAGGAGCCGCUCUUCAGGUCUAUCGAAGCCUUCGUUCCCGACCUUGAGGAUUCCGCCGAAGGGUUUGUCUUCUUUGUGCUAUGCCUUUGGCUGAUCUCUGGCCUGUACGCCGAAAAGGUCGAACCGAUGCUGCUAAAGAUCUCGGUGAGCUCUGCAUCGAGUGACAGCGAACCCACCGAAAGUACAUCCUGA